UAACACGCAUCCGACUGUCAAAGAGGAAAUGGCAAGUUCUUCAGAAUCGGGCGGCGGGUCAGGCAUAGAGACCAUAUUUCGCAAAGAACUGAAAACUCUGCCAGUAGAUUCCACAAUUCGCAGAAGCAGUAAAGAAGAAGCUAGAGAGGAUGAUCAAGCCCCUUCAACGCUGUCAACGGAAGAGAAGGCCUUUCGUGAAGGUGUUUCUUCCUCCGAGGAGUUCGAACUCGGGCUUGAGAGCUUUUUCAGUCAGCAGGAGAAGGACAGCGCUGAAGGUGUAGUAACCUCGACCACAACUAAGGGUGGAGAAGAGUACAUCGACCCAAGCGGUCCGAGUAAAGAAACCAUUUUCAGGAAGGAAUUGAAAAGCCUGAUUGUUGGGUCAACGAGUCGGAGAGAUAGCCAAGAGAUGACAAUAAUCGAUAAUCAGGGUCCAUCGAACGACAAAAUGGAGGAAGUGUUUGACUUCAUAGGGAUCACAUCUACGGGAGAAGUUGUAAUGGAGACCUCAGUUCAGAAUCAGCAGGAGAAGGUGAAGAUUCCAGAUGAAGGCAACUCUCUUCCAUCGGCAGAAGUAUGUGUUGCUGAUAUCAGCGUCACAAACAAGGAAACCAUAUACAGGAAGGAGUUGAAGAACUUGAAAGUUCAUGCCAGUGACAAUGUACAAGAAGAGACGGAGGUUCUCGUUCAAGGGCUCUCAUUCCAAGAAGCCGUGGUGGGGAAGAGUGAAUUCAAAGGAGUUUCUUCAACCGUGGGAUCUGUUACGGAACUAAAAAGCGUUGCCAUCAGCCAGGACCGGUUGAAGAGUCUAGAGACUGCAGCUCUACUUACAAGGACUGAGCCAGAGACCAUCCACGAGGAGGAAUUGGCGCUAGUACUAGAAACUGUGAAGGAGGGCCAGGUACAUGAUGGAGCGCUUGUUUCGAGGGAAGUAAAGGAAGCAAGGAAAAAGAGCAAGAGCUUGUCCACUGGUAGCAUUGAAAUUAAGGCCAAAGCUCCGGCCGUCGGGGAACUGGGUUCGUCGUUUGACAGAACGAGGAAGAGAAGCCAUGUUCCACUAACUGUGCUAGAAAGAAUGGAGAAGGAUCCUAUUGUAGCCCAGCAUUUUGCACAGCUUGAGAGCCCCACAGCAGAAACGGUUUCUGAAUUUGCUGACGGCUCCAAACGCCUUCUCAGCACUACCAGUCGCCUGAGACGGACUACUGAUUCUGUGGGCUUGAAAUAUGUGAACCAGUACAUCGUGAUCAAGGUUCUUGGUUGUGGCACCUACGGAAAGGUGAAACUGUGCCUCAACACAAUGGACUGCAAGUUAUAUGCAGUAAAGAUAGUCCAUAGAAAGUGGCUGACCCGACGGAGUCUUGGUGGCACAACAGAGAAUGUUGGUCAGGGUGCCAUGAGAGAAAUUGCGAUUAUGAAGAAGCUUAAUCAUCCAAAUAUUGUCGCACUUCAUGAAGUCAUAGAUGAUCCUUCGAAGAGAAAGCUGUACCUGGUGCUCGAAUAUAUUGAAGGAGGCCCGAUCCUGGGUAAUGAUAAGUGGCGUCCUUUCCCCGAAGAAAAGGCUCGUUCAUUCUUUAGAGACAUGUGUAAAGGCAUUGAUUAUCUCCAUUUCAACAAGGUUGUGCACAGAGACCUGAAACCAGGAAAUCUUCUUCAGACGUUGGAUGGCAAGAUUAAGAUUAGUGAUUUCGGUGUUUCACACAUGUUCGAACAGGAGUCAGAUUCUAUGCAUGACACCGCUGGAACUCCCGCUUUCUUAGCUCCAGAAAUAUGUUCUGGAGGACAGUGUCAAGGUCGACCAGCAGACCUUUGGUCGCUUGGGGUUUGUCUGUAUGUGAUGGUGUUUGGGAAAAUUCCAUUUCCCGCUGAGAGCAUCGCUGAAAUGUAUCAGUCCAUUAUCCACAAGGAGGGAACCACAGCUGGCGUUCUCUUCAAAGAUCAAAAUUUCGAAGGAACUGAAGGAUAUACUGACUCUCAUUCUUACGAAGGAUCCCAAUUUGAGAAUAUCACUAGCUGGAAUCAUGCAACAUGACUGGGUGACAAAGGCUGGGUUGGAACCCCUAGUUCCGUACAAAGUGCAAGUCGCACGAGGCUCUACUGUAAUGUCUGUCACGGAAGAUGAAGUUAAGGCAGCCAUAGGUGUAAAUGAGGCGGGACUGGCAGCACUUUGUAUCGUGAAUCCAGUUGAAAAGCAGUUUGAAGAGGGCGAAUACAUUAUACGACAGGUUAAUAAUCUCCUCUUUGUCACGACCGAAUAUCAGGCACGGCAAGAAACAAUAAGCCACAUAAAAUCUUAAAUUUUGCUCGUUCUAGCUCUGUAACGAGUGGCAUGACUUGAAACACUGGAGUCGCUAUGACGCACAUGUGGGUUAAAUCUGUAAGAAGACAACGCAAUGGCGAGGAAGGAGAUGAGAUGUAUUUUAUCAACAGCGGACAAUGCGAAGUUCUUGUCGAGUCCAGGUCACUUACUCAGCCUAGCAGAGGAAGAAUGGAGUACGCAGUUGCAGAAAGAGGACCAGGGCAAUAUAUUGGCGAAAUGGCGCUUCAAAAGGACGAAACUAGGAAACCUCCCAGAAGAAAUGCAUCCAUUCGGGCCAAGACUCGUGUCGUGACACUAGUUGUUAGUAGAGAACAGGUCAUGGAUGUACUGUCAAAGAAUGCUGAAGCAGCUCAAAGUAUGGCGGAAACAAUUGCUGAACGCGACCGUGAGUUGCGAAUGAAAUUGAGAGCUUUGGAUCUCAGGAUGCCGAGCAUAAGACUUGAGAAAGAAGAAGACGAAGCACCUCCGCCUAAAGCUACUUGCUCGGCAUGCAGAUGUUUAUGACCUCUAUACGAGAUGAAAUAAGGAAUUUGCAUGAAAAUCGAUGGCAGCUGAAAACUACUUGAACGACUCUCUGAGAUGAUUUCUGGAGACCUCACUCGCGAGUGACCAACAUUUGUAGCUGUCGUGAUUGUGGCUUUCCCAUAUGCCAGCGUUAUGGAAGGUCAAGUGAACCACUUACGUUUCAGCCACACUUUUACGAUCUUAGCAUCACUGGUCUAGCUUCAGCAUGUACUUCUGCAGUGAUGAAACUCGACCUCAGUGCAACAAAAGCUGCUGUGAACAUCACUACUGACAAUGGAGUUCAAAUUUCAGUUACGAUGUGAACUUCAAACUGUAAUGUUCGGUGAAAUGAGCACCAAGUGCAGCAUGCUUUGAUGUCGUAUUCAGAGCACGAGGUUGGAAAUUGACAGUCAAGUACUCAUUGUGCCUUGUAGAGAAGUGCAUUCUCCUGUUUUGCACUUGGAUCCUUCACAAAGUUAUUAGUGAGCGAGGUCUCAACGAUAUUUAGUGACAGAAUGUGGCCUGACCGUGAUUUUUACUGCUAUUUCAAACGCAAGAGUCUCAAAAGCACUUUCAGAUCCCAUCACUUUGACAACAGAAUAAGCCACUGAUCAUAUGAAUCGAUGGACCUCAUCACUCCCACCAUCAUGGGCAAGUUAUCAUAGAUUGGUGGUCAGAGGCCCACGUCCUUCCAGGAUAAAACUCCGUCUUAAAGAAGGUUCUUUAGGUUGCCAAAGAGUUAAGAAACCUCCUCCUGAGAGAUGCCACAAGGUCCUGCCAUUCCUUCUGCAUAUUUGCAUGUCUAACUUGACGACUUUAAUUAUAUUGUUGAGUGCUGAUCGGUCAUGGAUUUUCAACCAACAAAUACUGUAAACUUAGUUCACGCUCUUGCCUGCAAAUAAAAAGACUUC